AUUAGGAACUAAUAUUGUACAACACAUAUUACGGUUAAUAUACACUAUACGUAGUUUCUCCUUGCGUAACAGAGCAUUUUGAUAACGAGAGUAAUUUAGGUUUUGGGCGCUGGAUUUGAAAAUUAAGGAUGGCAACUAUAAACGGUCUUUUUCCUCGGAAAGGUAACAAAAAUAAAGACUUGCGAAAAAAAGCCCAGAUUCCAGUAAAAAGAACUCUCUCUUAUUCCAUAGAUGAUACUAAUAAGGAAAACAUACCCCAUAGUUCGUCUAUAGUAUUCAAGUCGAAAGGUUUUAAAGAUCCGAAUGGCAGGUCUGACAAUAUUACUAAGGUUAAGCCUAAUGCUAAGGCUAAUUUAAGCGUCACAACUAACCUUGAUGAUCGAAGCUACUCCGUUACUGCUAAUACUAAUACUACUAGAGGAACAGCCAAAGUACUGCGGGAUGUCAAAAACAAUGCCUCUAAGAAGUUUUCUAAUGUUAAAUCAACAAUUGAUAACUUUUCACAGCGUUUACGUUCUUCCACUCGAAGACGACUUCGACUUCCGUCAAACAGUCAGUAUAAUCAACUUGAUGAGAAUGGUACUCCAGUGAAACUGUACUCACCAUUUUGCAUUGAAACUCCAAGUCCUCCCUCUUUGACUACAUUAAGACAAGAUUCUGUUGAAUCACAUACAACAAAACGGUGUGCAUUUCAAAGUCCAGGUGGUAGAUUCAAGCAGGAUCUCCAAGAUGUGACAAGUGGUAUGGAGGUACUAAAUAGUUUUGCUAAGAGCAUGCAGCACUGUGGAUUCAAAGGCAGGUUCAGUAGUAAUUGAAGAAGUAUUUCUUUUAAAAAGCAUGCAUCUCUGUCAGUUUUACAUCAGUUAUCUUAUUUUUAACGGUGUUUUAAAGGAAGCCAAAGGAAAAGUUACAAUUAGUCAUAUUAAUAAUCCUGUGCUGUGAGUUUUAAUUCAGAGAAACAUUAUUCAUUUAAUGUUUUAUCAUCAUUGCUUUAUUGUAAACAGAUUUGUUUGUAAGUGAAAAUGUCAGUUACCCUAUAUAUUAUUUUUAAACACUGUAUAUGUAACUUCAUUUAUUUUUAUAACAUUGUAUGGCAGCUUUAGCAUUUACCUUUAUGCUCAAGGCAUGUUUAUUAAUGUAGCUUGUUUAAAUUUUUUAUGUAAGUUUACAAACAAACCACUGCAAAUAGAUAAUUGUCUUUUUAUAACAAGCCACAGAAAGAAAAUACUAAACCAAAAAACAUGCCUCAGUUAUGUUAGGCUUAUGUGUACUCACUAAUGUAGUGUUAUAUUUUUUAGCUCAUUUAUGUGAAAUCUCUGGUGAUAGUAAACCAUUUGUAAUGUUUAAAGAAAGGCAGCUUUUAUAAUGAUGAGUAUAAAUGUUUAGUUUUAGAAGCUAACAAGUAAAAUUAGAAUUUUUUAGGAAACUGCGGCAUAGUCUAAGAACUUCAACUUUAAUUUAAACCCUGAUUCAGUUUCUAAUACGUGUUUAACAUUUUUACAUCUACAAAAGUUGUAUAUUGUAUUUGUUUUGUUAUUUGAGCCUUUACCUUUGUGCUAAAUUUAAUUGUUUAUUGUAAAUACUGAUUAAUGUACAAACUUAAAAAUCUCACAACCAAAUAAAUCUCAUUUUUUAAACUUGUAACACAGUUUUUAUUUUUAAUAUCCUAGUUUUUAAGACUAAGAUGAUAAAAAUUAAAUACUGUUCAGUUUUUUUUAUUCAUGAAUUUAGUGAUUUUAGUCUUUAAGAAACUUGCUCCUGUAAACAUCACUUAAAGUACAAAAAGGAAUUGCUUUGUCAGUUAAUGCUUUUAGUGGAUUGCAUUACUUUAAUACUGUUUUUGUGUGAUUCAAUAUUUGCUAAUGCAUUUUAUUUUUAUAAAUACUGUGUAAAACCAUUUAUUACUAUGUAUGAAUAAAUGUGUCAAUUAUUGAUUUUAA